AUGGAUCGUUUAGCUAUUGCGCGAGGCCCGGAAGAUGCUGCAGACGUCUCGGACAACCAAAAGCUGUUAGAUCUGGCGGAAGACACGGUUGAUAUCAACGCAGAGAGUAAUAUGACUACAGACGCUGGUGCCUCUAUUCUACCUAAGCGGCAGAGAAAUUACGAAAGAUCAAGCCACAUAGUGGUGCCUGUUGAUGCUGUAGAAAAGAUUCAACAUUUCAAUGGCGAGCGAAUACCAGAAAGAGCAGUAUAUGCCCGUGGGACGGGUGCUUUUGGGAAUUUUCGACUCAUUCAGAGUGCUGAGGAUGUCACGAUGGCUGGCAUCCUAUGCGACAUGUCACGGACUACGCCGGUCUUCGCUCGUUUCUCCAAUCUGACCGGAUCUGCAGGAUCCUCUGAUACCUGUCGAGAUGUGCGGGGAUUUGCCGUCAAGAUGUAUACCACCGAGGGCAACUGGGAUAUGCUGUGCCAGAAUAUCCCUGUUUCUCCUGUCCGAGAUGGCGACGAUUUCUCUGAUUUCAGUGAGUUCAACGCUCCCGGACUUGAUGCUUCAUGUCUAAAGACAACAGUCCAUAGCAUAAAGCCGGAGCCUCAUACGGGACUAUCGUAUGGGCAUCUGGGACACAAUAACUUUUGGGACUUUGUUACUUUGCACCCGGAAUCUGUUCAUAUGGCACUAUGGCUGAUGUCCGACCACGGCAUACCGCGGUCAUACCGUAUGAUGAAAGGGUUCGGAGUGCAUACGUUUACGACGGUUAACAAGCAGGCUCAACGUCAUUAUGUUCGGUUUCAGUGGAUUCCUACGCUAGGAACUAGAUUUCUGCACCCUGACGAGGCAGUGAAGCUGGCUGGCCAUGACCCUGACUAUUACCGCCGCGACCUCCGAGUGUCUAUUGCCAACAAAUGCUAUCCUAAGUGGAAUCUGGCCAUCCAGGCUAUUCCAGAGACCGAGGCCGGGGAUAUGGAAUUCGACAUUUUUGAUCCUACUCGGGUUUGGCCAGAGGACAGAGUACCCCUUCGCAUCAUAGGGGUUGUGGAGUUGAACCAUAAUGUCGACGAGAUGUUCUCGCAGGUUGAACAGGCGGCGUUCCGUCCAACAAAUCUGGUGCCUGGGAUGGGGAUAUCGCCUGAACCUCUGCUCCAGUAUCGGGCACUGGCCUACGCUGAUGCCCAGGCCAGGCGCGUGGGUAGCAACGUCGCUGAACUUCCGGUCAACCGUCCGUGCUGUCCUGUUCUGAACCACAAUCGAGACGGCGAGAUGCGGCUUCGUAUUACUAGAGGGAGUGUGAACUACUGGCCUAAUAGAUUCUGGGCUUGUCCCCCGGAUUCUAAUUCUCUGCCGACAUCAAGAGAAAGCACAGGGCCGAAGCUCAGAGACCACCAUACGGAAACUCCCACGGACAAUAGAUUGGAUUCGGAUCAAUUGAAGUCGUUUAUUAACUCGCUUGACGAUAUAGAAAGGAAGCAUAUUACUGCCAGUUUGACCCUCAGCCUAGGAUAUUGCGAUGACCCAACAGUCCCAGAACGCUUUUUGAAUCAACAAAUGGUCAAAAUUGAUCAGGACAUUGCCCGGUGUAUAGCUGAAGCCCUAGGAGUGGAAUUACAAAAUAUACACCGACCAGCGGAAGCACAGGAGCACCAGACAGCUCAUCUGAAGACUCUCCCAUCAGUCAUAAAUAACCACAGCAGGAGCUUGAGGGUUGCGGUUUUCGUUGACAACGGAUAUGACAAGGAUGACCUCGAAGCAGGAAUCUCAUCUCUUCAAGCAGCUGGAUGCUUCACGUACGUCAUCAGCUCAACUCCAGCAAAGGUAUUCCACGCCGGAGCAGAUCCCAUUCAUUCGACAGGCCUAAGGCCAGACCAUUCGUUUCUGACACGACAGUCUACCGAGUUUGACGGACUUUUCGUUCCUGGGGGCUUGCAUAUCUACGAGCUGGCCCGUAAGCCUUCUGUGCGGUCCUGGGUAUCGGAGACGUUCUGGCAUUUCAAACCAAUCGGCAUCACUGGAAAUGCUGUGAAAUUGGUCAGGGAUGCUCUUUCCACAGUGCCCGACAUUGAGCUGGCUACAGACGAUACGACAACAGUCGACUGGUAUGGGAUUGUCUCUACCAUUGAGAAGGUUCGGCCGUAUUCGGUGCUGGAUGUUGCAGCGUCUCAUCCGAGGUCAGACUUUGUAUGCCUGUUUCAUAAUCGAAUCUGCGAGCGAUCAAUCCGGCAGCGUGAAAGGAAAUUUGGGUAUUUGCUUUAG